UUUUUUCCCCGAGGUUUUUUUUUUCCAGUCAGUAGGUAUUCCGCUCAUCGUUCGUGAAUUUCUGCACUAAAAAAGGUGAUUUUCUUCCAAUAUUAACGAGGUUUAAGCAAUGACCGAUGGUCGUCCAGUUAGCGGGACCCUGAAAAAGUUCGUCUUCCGAGGCAAGUGUUCGAAUAACGGCGACAAUCGAAGCGAAUACCUAGAAAUUAUAAUACCCGAGCUUCUUACCGCUGGCUACUCCUUUUACACGUGGCCUUCUGCGUCGCUCUUAGCUUGGUAUCUGUGGACCCAAAGACGACAUUUACGCGGUCUACGUGUAUUAGAGCUCGGUUGCGGCACUGGAUUACCAGGAAUAUUAGCAGCUAAGUGUGGUGCCCGUGUCACAUUAAGUGACAGUGUUGCACUACCGCGCUCCCUUCAACAUUUAUCUACUUGCUGUGAGGCAAACGGUCUAGUUCCCGGCCGUGACGUACAAAUCUUAGGGCUCGCCUGGGGUCUACUCUUGGCGGACGUCCAUUCUCUCCGCCCUGUAGAUCUUUUGCUAGCUUCCGAUUGUUUUUACGAACCGUCGCAGUUUGAAGAAGUGCUUUCGACAGUUGCGUAUCUGUUGGACGGUACUGACGGUCGAUUUUUGUGUGCUUAUCAGGAACGCAGUGCGGACUGGUCCAUUGAAGCUUUGCUGAAGAAGUGGGGACUCAAGGGCGCUCUUCUUGACUUGGAUUCACUGACCGAGAGCUCGGGCGUGGACUACACAUUUAUAAUGGCAGAGGCGCUUCCAGAAUACCCAGAUUCAGACUUUUCAGAUAAUGAGCAAUCACCUUUAGACGUAACUUUCAAUAAGGCAGCUGAUCAUUUGCGGAAAAUUACUAACAAACUAGAUAACAAUCAAUUACUAGAGUUGUAUGGCCUAUUCAAGCAAGGAACAGAGGGAAAGUGCAAUGUACCAAAGCCAGGGUGGUUAGAAGGUCGCGCCAGGAGGAAAUGGGAAGCUUGGAGGUCACUAGGAGACUUGCCCAGCAGAGAAGCAAAAGAAAAAUAUAUAGCAUUAAUUCAGCAGUUAGAUUCGGAAUUUUCCCAUAAACCUGAUGGCACACCUGGAACGAAGGAAACUUGGGUCACUGUGUCAUCUAUGAGACGUUCACCUGAACUCGACCUUGUUGCCCACGAGUUGUCACUCAUAGACGCGGCAAGAGAAAACUGUGCUGAUAGAGUUAGAGAACUUUUGAAGAAGAAUCCGGAAUUAAGACAUGAAAGAGAUGACGAAGGUCUCAGUGCGUUGCACUGGGCUGCAGACCGAAACGCGACUGAAGCCUUAUUGGCUGCCAUUGAGGGUGGAUGCCAAAUAGAUGCCAUUGACGAAUGCGGUCAGACUGCACUUCAUUAUGCAGCGUCUUGUGGUCACGUAGACUCAACCAGGAUCCUGGUAAGAGCAGGAGCUUCUCUGCUAAAAGACGAUGAAGACUGCACUCCUGUAGAUGUAGCUGCUGAUGCCGAAAUAAAGAAAAUUCUAGAUGGUGUAAAGUAGUUGUUAAUGGAAUAUAGCAUGGCGCCAGUUUUAGUUAUAAAAAAGGAAAUAAGGUAGUUAUAUAAUUUGAAUAAACUUUUAAAGAGAU